UUUCUCCAUUCUCAUAACCAACUCAUUUCCUUGUUUAUUGGACUUCCAUUUUCAUCCAAGAUUCGAAAUGAAGCGGAGCGAGACGAGUUCCAAGAGCAAACUUGAGAGAAAAACCAUCGAAAAGAAUCGAAGGAUUCGAAUGAAAGCCCUCGGUUUGAAGCUUGCUUCCACCAUUCCAGAUCGUCAUCUCACCCAACCAAAAGAAUUCUUGUCACAACUAGAUCAGAUAGAUGAAGCAGCUGCUUACAUCAAGAUAUUGAGAGAGAGAAUUGAAGCACUUAAUGGAAGAAAGGCACAGCUCAUGAAUUCUGUGAACAUUGCCAAAGCUGCUGGCGAAUCGGAGACGUUGCCAAUUCUGACUGUGAAAGAGUUAGGGUUUGGUGUGGAGGUGAUGCUGAUUAGUGGACUAAACAAGAAUUUUAUGCUAGGUCAAUUGAUUAGCAUAAUUGAACAAGAAGCUGCUGAAGUUGUCACUGUUAACAUCUCUCGUGUUGGCGACAACAUUGUCCACACUCUUCAUGCUCAGGUUAAGAUUUCUAGGGUUGGCGUGGACACUUUAAACAUAAGUAACAGGAUCCACGAGAUGAUUUCAACGAGCUCGUUAUAUUUCUUGUAGGAAAGGAAGAUUGGGAAUCGAAGAAGCCUGGCCCUAUAUUUUCCAUCUUGCAAAUAAAGUUUGGCAUGUGUCGAUUAAAUUGUUUCUAGGGUUAAAGUCAGAGGAUGCAGAAAUAUCAAUCUCUUCGAGCUUCCUCUUUUAAUUACUUAAUUAUACUAGUAAUAUUUCCAAAUAUUCAUAACAGCUUGUUAUAUAUCCGUAUUGUAUAAUAAGUAGUAGUACCAUUUUGUUUCCUUUUUCGUUCUUGUAAUAUUUAUAAUUACAAAUUAAAGUGAUAAUUUGGCUCGGAGGUUGUUGCUUUGGAUAA